AUGGAGAGGAAGAACCCAAUUCAGGACAUUGGUGAGGUCCUCAGCGCUCUCAGAGAACAGAGAAGUUUGAAAUCCAUCGGGAAAGUUCACAACCUCUCCAAGUCUCAAUUUCUUCGUUUAAUAAAAAUGAUUUGUUACCUACUUCUCAAGAGAAAAAAAAGAUCGAAGAUAACGGAUGCCAAGAAUCUAGAAAGUGUCUGGCACAAAGCCUGCCCUCAAAGAGUAGGAGUCUCCUUUCACCCUUUUGGAUUUCCUAACUUGGCGCUUUUUGUUCGCACCUGCCUGCAAAUUUCUGAUCGACCUGGCUUUGGAAAACAAGCAUCGCCUGAACAUGUCCUAGCUUCAACAAAGAGCUCGGGUGGCAUCGCUGCAAGGCACUCGGGCGAAACCUGCUGCCAGUUUCCGAAGGCCAGAGAGAUGCGUAGUUUAAAGACCCCCCCUUUAAGACCCUUCUGCCUCCGGGGCGUGGGGUUUGGAGCCCCCGCAGAGCCCACUUGGGCUUGGCAAGUGGGGGGUCCACGUGGUGACUGCUUGCAGCUGGCCCUCGAGUCCUGUUGGCAGCACCCCGCAAAAGAAUUCCUGGCUGGGGCAGAGUCGCUGCCAGUCCUCGGGGACCCUAUGAACCACCACCAGCACCAGCACCAUCCUCGCCCUGUUGGACUAAGUUUCUUCCCAGCCAGCCUCUCGGGCUCCUGGCACCAUGGGGCGGAGGCCGGGCGCGCCGCCUGCCAGGCUGCACGUGCGCACAAUGGUGCCAAGCAGCCAGGACGCAGGAGUGGGCGAGCGCCCGGCGCGCAGGGCGUCCAGCCUGGCAGCAGCGUCCGGGCAGCGAUCGGGGCGGCCCCGAGGGGCGUGUGCGCGCCCCCACCCCGCUCACCUUGCGCGAUGGCGAUGGACUCGAAGCGGUGCAGAAAAGGAGCCAUUAUUUCAGAAACGAGCUUAAUAGGAACAACUGCAUCAAUGUCUUCUCAAAGUGACCCAGAGGUUAUCAUCGUCGGAUCUGGUGUAGUUGGCUCUGCGUUGGCAGCAGUGCUUUCCAGAGAUGGAAGGAAGGUCACAGUAAUUGAGAGAGAUUUGAAGGAGCCUGACAGGAUAGUUGGAGAAUUUCUACAGCCAGGCGGUUGUUUUGUCCUUAAAGAGCUUGGUCUUGAAGAUACAGUGGAAUGUCUUGAUUCACAUGCUAUACAUGGCUAUAUAAUUCAUGAUCGGGAGAGCAAAUCAGAGGUUCAGAUUUCUUACCCUCUGUCAGAAAGCCAACAAGUAAAAAGUGGAAAAGCUUUUCAUCAUGGAAAAUUCAUCAUGAGUCUCCGGAAAGUUGCUAUGGCAGAGCCCAAUACAAAGUUUAUUGAGGGCAUUGUGCUACAAUUAUUAGAAGAAGAUGAUGUUGUUGUUGGAGUUCAAUACAAGGAUAAAGAAACCGGAGACCUUAAGGAACUCCAUGCUCCCUUGAUUGUUGUUGCUGAUGGACUUUUUUCCAAGUUCAGGAAAAAUUUGAUUUCUAAUAAAGUCUCUGUUUCAUCUCAUUUUGUUGGCCUGCUUAUGAAGGAUGCACCACAAUUCAAAACAAAUUAUGCCGAACUUAUUUUAACUGAUUCGACUCCAGUUCUCAUCUACCAGAUUUCAUCUAAUGAAACUCGAGUACUUGUUGAUAUUCAAGGAGAAAUGCCAAGGAAUUUAAGAGAAUACAUGGUUGAAAGAGUUCACCCACAAUUACCUGAUCACCUGAAAGAGCCUUUUCUAGAAGCCGUUCAGAAUUCUCGUCUGAGGUCUAUGCCAGCAAGCUUCCUUCCUUCCUCACCAGUAAACAAACGAGGUGUUCUCAUUUUGGGAGAUGCAUAUAAUAUGAGGCAUCCUCUUACCGGAGCAGGAAUGACUGUCAUUUUAAAAGAUAUAAAAUUAUGGAGGAAAUUGUUAAAGGGUAUCCCUGACCUUUAUGAUGAUGCGGCAGUCUUCCAGGCCAAAAGAACAUUUUAUUGGACAAGAAAAACAUCUCAUUCCUUUGUUGUGAAUAUCCUUGCUCAGGCCCUUUAUGAAUUAUUUUCUGCCUCAGAUGAUUCCCUACACCAACUAAGAAAAGCCUGUUUUCUGUAUUUCAAACUUGGUGGACAAUGUAUUUCUGGUCCUGUUGGGCUGCUUUCUGUGCUGUCUCCUAACCCUCUAGUUCUAAUCGGACACUUCUUUGCUGUUGCAGUCUACGCCACAUAUAUUUGCUUUAAGUCAGAACCUUGGAUCACAAAACCCCGAGCCAUUUUUAGUAGUUGUACUGUUUUGUACAGAGCGUGUUCUGUGAUAUUUCCUCUAAUUUACUCAGAAAUAAAGCACUUGGUUCAUUAAAAAGAAAGGGGAACCAUUUGUGCAUGAAGAACAUAUACCAAGUCCUAAAGGAAUUUUGGAAGAGGAUGUAUAUAACAGUACUAUGCCACUGUUAAUGUGGAAACCCACGGACCAAGAUUGGGAUUGUUUUUCAAGUUACUGUAAAUAAACAUGUAAAUAUAUACUUUAACUUGCAGUUUAAAACGAAGGGUAAGAAGACACUUAAAUGAUUGUUAUCAAGAAUUAGUGCUUACACAGGGAAUCCAGUUUAUCUUUUGAAUUCUGUGUUUGGAUGAGUUGUUGUGGGAUAUGCAAAUAAAACGAAUAAACCUUU